UCCAAUUCUGGAUCAUCUGAUACUUCUGGUUCUGAACUUGAUGACGACAUACAGAGUGAGAAUACACCUCCACGUAUUCCAGAUCCAUUAAGGGUAUCUCGAAGCAUUAUCUUUACCGGUGGGCCUAAUAGAAUGGUUUCAACCAAUACAUUUAAUUUAACAGAUCUUAAUAAAGUAUCAUCAGAAUUUACUAAUUCAGAACGAAUUAAUUUAUUAAAUAGUCUUACUCGAGCCAUGAGUGUAACUUGCCCCUACAGGCCUGAUCAAGAACUACAUCAUUCGUGGCAAG